CAAACCGACGCAUACGACUAAGGUGGCAGCGUUGUUGCGUGAAGUAAACACGUGUACAACGACUGAGACGCAACACCAAAUCGUUAUCCGUAAUUAUUUUUUAUAUUAUACCAUUUAUAUUUUAUAAUAGAACUGAUCCCGGGUACCUUCCUUAACUCCUCGACCCUCUUCGACUCGACAUGGAUUUGGACAAAGCAUUACUAAAUGACGAUCCCAACCUCACACUCACAAUUCGGCUCAUCAUGCAGGGAAAGGAAGUUGGUAGCAUCAUCGGUAAAAAAGGAGAAAUAGUGAAACGAUUUCGAGAAGAGUCCGGAGCAAAAAUAAACAUAUCCGAUGGAUCGUGUCCCGAGCGUAUUGUCACAGUGACCGGAUCAACAAGUGCAAUUUUUAAGGCGUUUACACUGAUUUGCAAAAAGUUUGAGGAGUGGUGCUCCCAGUUCCAGGAAAUAAACAGUGGUGGUAGCGGCGUACCACGACCUCCAAUCACCUUACGUUUGAUCGUCCCUGCCAGUCAGUGUGGAUCCCUUAUUGGAAAAGGGGGUUCUAAAAUUAAAGAGAUUCGUGAAGUUACAGGAGCAUCUAUUCAAGUUGCGUCAGAAAUGCUUCCAAAUUCCACAGAGCGAGCGGUCACAAUUUCUGGUACUGCUGAGGCAAUUACACAGUGUAUUUACCAUAUCUGCAACGUUAUGCUCGAGUCCCCUCCCAAAGGAGCAACCAUACCCUACCGCCCUAAACCCCAAGUCGGUGGCCCUGUGAUCCUGGCUGGCGGGCAAGCCUAUACCAUUCAAGGCAACUACGCCGUUCCUGCCCAUGCAGAUAUUACAGCACUCAGUAAAAGUCCAUUGGCCGGACUAGCCGCAUUGGGCAUUGGAGGCCUGACGCCAGCCAACACGGGGGGAUUAAAUCCAGCAGCUUUGGCAGCUUUAGCCGGUUCACAAUUACGAACGGCCAACUCGCGAAACCAGCAAAAUUCCAAUUCUCAAACUCACGAGAUGACCGUGCCGAACGAACUGAUCGGCUGCAUUAUCGGAAAGGGCGGCACCAAGAUCGCCGAAAUACGUCAGAUAUCGGGGGCGAUGAUUCGCAUAUCUAAUUGCGACGAUCGCGAGAACGGCGUGACCGAUCGUACAAUAACAAUAUCUGGUAAUCCGGAUUCGGUCGCGUUGGCACAAUAUUUGAUUAAUAUGAGGAUAUCGAUGGAAACUGCUGGAUUACCAAUGCCAGGUUACCAUUACAUUGCUCCAAAUCACAUUGUAAAAGCUCCGAUUCAUUAACUAGGCUUGCCUUGGUUCGGGGAGGUUUGCUAUCAGUCGCAGAUGCCCCACAUGUACAACCUUACAGGUAACUCAAGCCAACCAAUGAUAUAUUAUGAUCUGUGAAAAUUUACAAACACUGACAAUAUUGUCAUAUUAUGAUGGAUAAUUAAAUACAAGAUUGGUAAUGGGAACAAGCCAAAGAUUUGUUAAUUUUAAUUUUUUAUAUAAGCGUAUUUAUAUAUAAUAUUUAGAUAUUGUCAUAUUUACUACGUUUUAAAAUUAGUACCAUGGUAGAUUUUUGCAUUGGACUGUUGAAGUUGCUUGAUCGAAUGUUUUUGUUUUUAUCUUUUUUUUUUUAAUAUAGAAGGUAGCGUGUUCAAAUAACAGUAUUUUAAUAUUUAUUAGUUAAAUCGUUAUAUGUAAUUUAAGGAAUUUAUUUGUUCGAACCAGUUAUUUAUUACAUUUUGUUAUUGUUCAAUUGUUAAAAGUUUUAUUACUGUACAUCAUGUUGUUGGAGUGAUCUGAGCAAUAUUUGAUGGGGAUUUAGGCACGGCUUGUAAUCGUAGUUAAGUAUUAACCAUCAAAUUUAAGUAGUUUAAGAUAUUAUGAAGGAAAAUUGCUCAAGAAAUCUAGUUGUAGUUUUAACAUUAACUAAGUAUUUUGUAUUAAGAAGUGUUUCUAAAUUUAACAUAGGAACGGAGUUAAAUGUCAUGACCAGAACCUUUUUAUUCACAGUUGUCAAAAGGUAAGCCGUGCAAUCGUCAUCACUGACUGUAUUUUGUGAUCAUAACUAGUUAUUAGUCGCAUAUUUUAAUACAAUGGUAUGUUUGGAAUAUUUUGUUAAUAGUGGGCUGUGUAUUCAGUAUUUUUUAAGUGAUUUAACUAUUCUUCCAAAUUUCAGUUUUGUGCCAAAUCUAUUGUGACCAAAUGCUCACAUCACUCGUGAAUUUCCCCUUUUUCUAUAUUUCAGAGGAUGCUUUAAACGAUGUUAAAACAAAACGGCAUCUAUUGCAGUUCCCUGUGUAGCAUACUGUGAUCACAUUAUUGUAAUAACGUUGUAUUUAAAUACAACGCUAAGUUAGUAUAAGAGUUUUUAUUUAUUAAGGCGUGAUCGCGAAAAAAUUGCUGAAAUUUUUUGUACAAAACAUUAAAAAAGAAGUCAAAUUUAUAACGUAUCAUAAUUAAAAGGUAUUUUUGUUGAUGUAAAUAACAUACUCUUAAAUCUAGUGGAACAUUUGCGUAUUACACCUUCUCAUUUGUGUUACACAGUGUGGCACAAAAUUUAUCAUUUUUUAACAUACAUAAAUUUUGUGUGAAGGAUUGAGAAACUUUGUACACACUAUGUAUGCAGAAACGAUCUUUCUUUAAACAUUGAUAGUUUCAGUAGUAAUCGACUGAAUCUUUUGUGUUAAUUCUCGAAUAUUGCAAAUGCGAUUUUUGUCUUACCAACACACUUUUAUUUAUUAAUCCACAAUUCAACUUCUUUUGAAAAUUAGCACUGGCUUGUUACAUAGAAAGUAGUGAUAAAAAUAUAUUCUAGUCUUGUUCUUUACCGACAUUUUUAAUGUUCUCACAGUUAUUGGUGUCAUUCAUUAUUCGAUCUAAACGUUUGACUAUAAUUAGGGACAAUCUAUUGUUAUCCCUUUGUGUUGAGUGUUCUUAUGAUAUAGCAUUUUAAAUAGUGCCAAAAAUUUGAUGGAAAACUAGCGAAUGUACAACAUUUCGAAUACAUCAAUGCAAUGCAUUACUAAAUCGCAUAUAAUUUUUGAAUAUAUAAUAAUUGUAGGUACAUGUUAAAUAAAUUGUUAUGGCUGAAUGGUCGUAAACUUUAGGCUAGUUUAUAGAAAAGUGAAACUAGGAAACAGAAGCAAGCUUAUCAGGUAGAUUUGCAAUACUCAAUCAUAACGAGAGGGGGGUAGUUACUGUGUGUCGGCUUGCCCUGACUCGUAUAGUUCGAGUAGUGAGUUAGCAGGGGCCUUAAUGUCAAGCUAUCUCAUAAUUGUCGUGUUGUGCAGGCAAUCAAUUGUUAGCUUCGUGUCUAUGGUAGUGCUACGACGAGCACUUCCAAUAUACAUUUGAUAGUAUACAAAAAAAAAAAACUUGUGCUGCUAAUAAGAUAUUUACAUUUUGCACUUAGUCUCCCAGGAGACGGAGAGUACUGCCGCAUCUGGCAUAAAUUAUAAUCACCCAAAGAGAUAUCCCGAUGGCUAACGUACUAGCCUUAAUUUUCUUCAAUCCCAACUUGCAAUCAACUAAAAUGAUCUAUCGUUUAAAGCCUUUAUUGAAACAGGGUCUGUAAUAUAUAUAAGAGAUUAUGUAAUUAGCACUGUAAUGAGAAAUUCAAAUAUGUCUUUCAGACGUGAAAUAUCGGAUAACAGUGUGAUUAUUUUCGUUUUGAAAACACUUCGUUUACGGAACUUUGAAAACAUCUCUUAGUGUUCAAUCUCUCAGGGUUUUGUGAAAAUUGCAGGAACCCUUUGAAAAUUACGUAUGAUUACCCUCUUACUAGAAGAGAAUUUUUCAUAUGUUCCAAACGUUUUAACUAAUUUUUCAUUGGAACAGAAAGAAUGUAAAAAUAUGAUAAAACAAUGUAAAUUGAAAUUGAUUAUACUUGUAUUGGUGACAUAUUUCAGGGUAAAUUUUUAACUUUGCUAUGGUGCAUAGAUUAUGUUUGUAUGUAGUAAGGAUAUAGUAAAAUGCAUUAGUUAGAUUUAUAUAAAUAUCUAUGUAUUGCUACAAUUAGAGCUUUUUGCUUAUGGAACACAACACGACUGUCCCAGUGGCAUUAGCACUAGCUGCAUGCUGUUACUCAUACUUAAAGGAAAUCAUAUCACGUUACAUAUCUUUUUGAAAACUCCUUGCUCUUUACCUGUUUUUGUUGAUUGCUCAAACCUUAGUUGAAUUAGCGAAACUGCUCAAUCUUUAGCAUAUCCCUAUUCCACACGCUCAUAUCAUUUGGAAUGGGUAACAGCCACAUAUUUAUAUUUAUUAAAAUGUUUUGUGUAUUAUACUGUUUUUUGUGUGUAGUAUUAACAAUAUGGCAAUAAAAUGUUAUACGGAUGUACGAUGCAUAAAAGACAAUUUUAGAUAUUGCACAUGUCUAUUGUUCUUUCCAUAAUCAAGAUGUUAAGAUAUUUAGGUACAAUGUUUUACGUUUGUUUUGUUUAAUAAAGUGUGAAUAGAG